AUGGAUCUCGUUGCAAGCAUGUGCCGCUGGUUCGUCAAAGGACACCCUACACAUCAAGACCCCGUCUUCGGCGCCCUGGGCUGCUGCUCAGCCAUCACGCUGACCGUCAUCGGCGCCUCCUACGGCACCGCCAAGUCGGCCCCCGCCAUCUUCGCCUCCGGCGUCCUGCGCCCCGACCGCCUCAUGCAGAACACGCUGUGCGCCGUCAUGGCCCAGAUCCUGGCCAUCUACGGCCUCGUCGCCUCCGUCCUCAUUGCCGGCGACCUCAGGGAGAAGACGACCCUCUUCGCGGCCUUCCUGCAGCUCGGUGCCGGGCUCGCCGUCGGGCUGAGCGGCAUGGCGGCUGGUUUCAGCAUUGGCAUCGUCGGCGAUGCGGGCGUGAGAGCGAGCACCCAGCAGCCCAGGCUCUACUCUGGGAUGGUACUGAUUCUCAUCUUUGCCGAGGUGCUGGGGUUGUACGGGGUCAUCGUUGCCAUUUUGAUGCUCACUAGGUCGAAAGUUGAUGUGACGGUGUGCGAGAUCUGA